AUGAAAAUCAAAAAAGCUAUCUUAAACUUGCUGAACAACGAGCAAAAGCUAGAAGAAUUUGUAAGAGGAAUGUAUUCUGCUAUAGAUACAAAUAAUGAUGGACAUAUAGAUGUUGAUGAGCUUUAUGAAGCACUGAAAAGCUUUUCACAGCUAGGAGAUGACUUAGAGCCUUUGACAAUAGAAAACAUAAAAUCGGCUAUUUCUGAACUGACUGAAAACCCUGAUGCAAAAGUUGUUUUUGAAGAGUUUAAAAACUUGGUUUUGGCUGCUCUUCAAUUUAUAUUUCAACGUGAGUCGACUCAUAAUUAA